UUGUGUUAAAGUAUUUUUUAAUUUUUUUUUUUAUAGUGAACCCGUGGACCGGUUAAAUCAUGGUGGUUCAUAUGACAUUACGUUGAACUGUGAAAAACCAUUUGGUGAAUCAAUAACCGGUUAAUCAAUGAACCGAAUCGCUAUCAUAACUGGUUUAACGGUUCUACUAGCCCGGUCGUUGAUCUAGUUGGGUUCUUAUCAAAGAGAAAGAUUCUCUAACUAUGCAAGUAGAUGAGUGGUCUCAUAAUUAAAGGUAAAGUAGUGAUAACUGAUAAGUAAUAUUGUAAUAAUGCUGUUUGUGGGACUUUCAACAAUGCAUACGGGUGUGACAGACUGGCAGUGGCCUAAGUGGGGUAUUAACAUUGACUAAAAUUAUAUUUAUGUUUCUCUCUGUUUUCCAUGGUGAGGAGUGCUCUCGACAAAAGUGGUCGGUCGGAGACACUCCGUCGGUGACUGGUCCGACUCUGGCGGGUCGGCCACCUGACCCUACUCCUCAUAUCCCUCAAACAGAUGCAACACAAAAUGCAACGUCACAGGCGAUGAAUUUCAAAGCAGCACUAGCCGGAGCUCCACCAGCAAACCCUUCAAAGAAGCUCCCUCUCCCAGACUCCCCUCAUGCGACUCUAAUCGCUUCUCUCAUCUUCAAUCGACCUUGUGGAGGCAGAACGAGAGCUAGAGGCGGGUCGAUUUAGACGAGUCAGUCGCCAUCUCCGCCAUUGUCGAUUAUAAUCUGUCUGUGGUUACCGCCAGGUACUGAAAUCCCUAGCGGAUUAUUCGAUUUGACCGGAUUUGAAGCCUUUUCCACCGACUGCCGCAGAGGACGAGAAGGCAACAGUUCUAGUGGAGGAUUUGUUCUUGUUGGACAUCAUUGAUAGCUCCGUCGUACAGUGGAUUGAAUCUACCUCUGUAGUCUUUUCAUAAUAUAAAUAUUAAUUAAUUAUUAUAUAAUAAAUAUAAUUAAAAUUAAUUAUAUCCAAAUAAUUCUUUUAUAGAUAAAAAAAAUAACCGACGAAUAUAAUCAUUGUUUUCAUAAACAACCAUGAUGGGAUUUCAUAUUGUCAAAGAAACGCAAAAACAUUUGUUGUCUACACUUUUAAGUAAGCCUCUUUCAAGGGUAAAUUGCACGGUUGGUCACUAAGAUUAUUGAAAAUGUUCAUGUUUGGUCACUGGAAAUAUUUAAUUCUAUCAGUGGUCACUGAGAUUACUUAAACCGUUCAACUUUGGUCACUCUCCGUUAACUUUCGUUAGUCUCCGUUAACAGCGUCAGUUUUUUGCUGAUGUGGCUAACAGAAAAGCCUAAUCAGCCUAUUUUGACCCGCCACGUCAUUGAAACAAACCACAUAAGAUAAUCCACCCAACCCAUAACCCAACCCUUCUUGACCAACCCAGCCUAAGAAAAUAUCUACCUCUUCUCUCUCCACCCCUCCUCUGGUUGUCAUAGUCCUUCCAUCCCGGAGCUUAAUCGCCAGGCAGAUUGUCAAAAUUUAGGGUCCCGGAGCUUAAUCGCCACACUUCCCUAGUCGUCUUCCCAACCUCUGCCGGUCGCACUUCCCUCAUUGGAUUCCCAACCUUUACUCCUCCCCCCUUUCAUCUUUUCUUCUUCUCUUCCAAUCAUGUGACAAAAAAUUGCAGAACCAAUUCCUUCCAACCCACACAUCCUCCAUCGGCCGAAAUCCUUCCUUAACGCCCUCCAAAAUGAAAGUCGUGUGUUCUCGCUCGUAUUCCACGCUUUACAGCGCCUGUCGUAACGCAAUCGAAGGGGUCGGGAGGACCACAUCUGCUGGAACCCCACUCCGAGCCUGGCGGUCGGUCGUUUCCUUUGCCCUCACCUUAUCGUCCCUCACGUACAUCCUCAUCGAUGCGUUCACUACAGAAGACGAGGACCUGUUGUUGGCGCCGGUGGCGUUCGCAUCCGGCUAUCUCCCCACGAAUCGGAGAUCCAUUGCUUCUUUUGAUUCUGCAGUUGCUACUAAGAUUUGUUGCUUGGGUCUGAUAUAGAAUUCCUUGAUUUUUAGAAAUCGAUAGACAUAGAGAGUGGUUUAUAUAGGGAUGAGAACAAGCUGUUAGGGAAUUCUUUGGGAAUUUGUCGAUUGGAAGUUGAAAGGACCCUUCUUGGAAAGCUUUGCAAACCUUCAAAUAGAGGGAGUCAUAUUGGAGUUGGGAGUAUGAAGAUGUUGGAAUUGAGGGAGAAGCAGAAGGCAAGUGCGGAGGAGAAGGAUGACAGAGGUAGAAGGGGAUCUGAGAAUUUGGGAAUUAAGGUUUUUUCAAUAGGAAGAAGAUUAUGGGUUAGUUGGGUUUGAGUAUCUUAUGUGGCGGGUUUAACGACGUGGUGGGUCGGUUUUGAGUUUUUUUAAUUUAGAAUUGGGUAACUGGAUAAUUCUGUUAGCCACGUCAGCGAAAAACUGACACCUUUAAAGGAGACUAACGAAAGUUAACGGAGAGUGACCAAACUUGAACGAUUUAAGUAAUCUCAAUGACCAUUAAUGGAAUUAAAUAUUUACAGUGACCAAAUGUGAACGUUUUUAGAAAUCUUAGUGACCAACCUUGCAAUUUACCCCCUCUUUCAAUGUAUCUCACUAUACAAUCAUUAUAAAAUUGAUAGCCAAUUCGACUUGAAAACUUGUUCUUACUAUAAUUCAAAACUGAAAAUACUCUUUCUACACUUGCAGUUGUAACUGGUAGAAUCAAAACUAGUGUAAUUGCGUUGUCGCUGGACAAUUUCAGGGAUGUUGUAGGCAAAAAUCAAAUAGUGAUAAGGAGAAAAGAUAUCCGAUUCGAUCUUUAUUCCAAUUGGAAUUUCUUUUAUAGUAAUAAUAAAUUAAUUUUAUGUCAAUUUAUGAACAAGUAAUGAGUUGUGUUGCAGUGACAAAAUACUCUAAUACCAUCUAUAGGUUGUGUUCAAUCACCAAUAUAAAUAUAUAUGGGGUAUUUUUUUUUCUUCCGAAAUUUACCAUUGUCCUGUGACAAGGCCCCAAGGGCCUGCCUCCGCCUAUGAAGUCAUAGACCAUCCUGUGUGACGGGUAAAACCCGACCAAAGCCAGGGAAUGCCGAAACCCGAAUGGAUACAGGGAUGGGUAGCCAUUCACUAUCCAUAGUUCAUUUCAGACAGGGACGAGUAAAACCUGAUUUUUUCUCUAAAUACAGUAAAAAUUUAAAAAAAAUCAUACAAUACACAACUUUUAUUAAAAUUUCCCAAAAUACCAAAAAUUGUCGCAGAUUGAGUCCAAUAAACUCGAACUACAACCUAGUUUGAGUGCCAAAUAAUCGAUCCACGUGCAUCGACUGGAACGACCACGAUUGGCUGAAACCCGAAUACGCGGAUCGAGUGUAAACAACUCGAUCAACAUAAAUGGAGGAUAUAGGACUCGAUCCAGUUGAUGCGGAUCGAUGACCUGGAACGCGCCUCACCAUUGAUCGAAUGAGUGAAACUCGAUGCUGGUCGUUCGAUUUCUUCGGCCGCAAACAUGGAAUGACGCGGAUCAAGUGCAUUAAACUCGACGCAAGUGG